CUUCACUUACGCUUGCCCCACAGGAAGGAAGUACGGAGUAGGUCUCCCCACAUCGCAAUUGCACCUUGAGGCUGCCUGAUAUCGGUGGGAGGUGCAACGGCGAGAGCAACGGGAACCGACACCAACAACCGUCAACAGUCAACAGCGAAGGUAUUCCCAACACAACAGCUGCUGGGCCAGUGGAGGAAAUCCCCUGGUAUUUCAAUUCUUUUUAUUCGGGGUUGUUGGCGUGGUCACAUGAGCUUCUAAAACCUGACCUGGUAUUGCUGCUUGCACCCCGCAGAGAGGCAUCACUGUUCGUCUCUUAGAUUACUGGAUAAUCAUCAAAUCGUGAUAUCUGCGUCGAUCCUACCCAUCAACGAUCAUGGCGACUACCCUCCCGGCAAACCCGACCCCGCAGACGGUCAGCCAGCUUCUGACCAAAAUCACCGACGUCGACCCCGACUUCCGGUUUAUGGCUCUCAACGAUUUACUCACGGUAUUCAACACUGCGAAAAACGACUUCCUGAAUCACGACUUCAAUACGGCGGCUCGGACCGUCGACCAUGUUGUCCGCGCGCUGGACGAUCAGAACGGCGAGGUUCAGAACCAGGCGAUAAAAUGUCUCGGCCCUUUAGUCAAGAAGGUCACCCCGCAAUUAAUCGCUCCGAUGAUGGAGAAGCUCUGCAGCCUGAAACUGAAGAAUUCGGUCGACAACUCCAUCCCAUCCAUGGCGAUCAGAGCCGUGGUAGAGGCUUUGCCUCGCCCAGUGCCUGGCGUGGCGCCGUCCAAGGAGGUCAACGAGGCAUAUUCUAGUCUUAGCCGCGUGCUUAUUCCGCGCUUUCUUGGUCGUGCCGGCCCACCCGGCAAGUCCAGCCCGGGUCUACUCGACCCCGAAGAUCCAAAUUCCGAUUCCGUCGAUGUACUCAUUGAGGUAGUCCGGUGCUUCGGGCCCAUGCUGCAGUCGUUUGAGAUUGAGGCCCUUCAUAAUGCCGUCGUUACCAUUCUUGAGAAAGACAGAGGCAACUCGGUGGUUAAAAAGAGGGCAGUUGUUGCUAUCUCGAUGCUCGCCCACUAUCUUUCCGACGAACUGCUCUCUGCUUUCAUCAAGCGCGUUUCCGGGGUAUUGGGCCAGUUGCAGCUGAAGGAUUCCACUCGCCGACUUUACAUCACGGUCCUAGGCUCCAUGGCUCGGUCCAUCCCUUACCGAUUCGGGUUUCACCUUGCGGAGUUGGCACCUUUGGUUCUCCGCGUUUUGAGCGAAGAGGAGCUUCAGGCACAGCUUGAGGAGAUCAACGAGGGCGGAGGGGCGACCCUCGAGUUCAACGAAGUUCGCGAGGCAGCACUAGUCGCCUUGGAAGCCUUCCUUUCGUCGUGUCCGACACAAAUGCGUCCCUUCACAAACGAAGCCAUCGAUGCCUGCCUCCGCUACCUGAAGUACGAUCCAAACUAUGCGUUUGACGAAGACGAGGAAAUGGAAGACGAGGAGGAGGACGAAGACGAGUUUGAGGAAGAUGACGAGUUUGAGGCCGCUGGAGGCUUUGAUGACGAUGACGACGCGAGCUGGAAAGUUCGGCGGUGCGCGGCUAAAGGGCUGUACACCAUUAUUUCGACCAGGAGCAGCGGCGACCUCCUCGAUAGCGGGGUGCUCUACGGCACUGUGGCUCCAGCCCUGGUCAAAAGGUUCAACGAGCGAGAGGAAAACGUUCGUCUUGAAGUGCUCUCUGGAAUGUCGCUCCUUGUACGGAAGACUGGAGAGGGAGUGCUACCCCAAUUCUCCGCCGACGGUGUGCAGAGCGAGUACCUGAACCAGCCACCUGCCAGUCGGAAGCGGCGGCGCCAAAGCAGUGCCGGCGGCCCUUCCCCUUUUGGCCUCUCCUUGGACCCAACGACUUUGUCCGGCACCGGCCUCACUUCACCUACUAAGGAAAAGAUUCCGGCAACUGGCCCUCGUGCCGAGCUGGCUAGACUGACCCCAGCCAUAGUCAAAUCCCUGACCAAGUUGCUCAAGGGCAAACUCAUCCCGACGAAGCAGGCAUGCAUCAAGCUCCUGGACGAUAUAGUAUGCGUGCAGUGGGGCGGUUUAGAAUUAUACUUCGACCUGAUUGUCGAUCCUGUCAUUGAUGCAAUCAAGCCAUCGAGCGCUGCAUCUACCUCUGCGUCUAUGUCAUCUACAGGCGGCGGUGCUUCUGCAACUGCCACUACUCUCAGGAUUGAGGCGCUUCGUCUAACCAGCGACAUCUCAAAGAAACACUCGUCAGCCGUCCUGCAGCCUCACCUGUCUAAAAUCGUCGCUGGCGUUGUUUCAGUCGCUCAUGACCGUUUCUAUAAGAUCUCGGGAGAGGCCGUGCAGACUGCCGAGGAGCUGAUCAAGGCUAUCACUCCACCACGGUCUCGAUCCACGGCCCAAAACUUCAAGAAUGAGCUCCAGAAGCUGUAUGAUAUCGUCAUCGAUGGGGCGACUGCCAACGACGCGGACGCCGAGGUUCGUCAAAAGGCGAUCCACGCUCUCGGUACACUGUUAGCUCAAACAACCGGCACGGAGGGAUCGGCUCUUUUACCUGAUGAGAAGCGCAAGGCUUCGCUUACCUGCCUUCUCGAGAGACUGAAGAACGAGACGACGAGGCUAGCUGCCGUGCGCGCCAUCGAUACUGCCGCCGCGAUGUCAGCGGAUGCUGUUCAGUUCGAGCCGCAUUGGACCCGCCAGGUGGUUGUUGAGCUGGCAUCCCAAUUGCGAAAGUCGAAUCGUGCCCUGAGAGGAUCAAGUGUCAUGGCACUGAAGCAUCUUACCUUGUCGCCCGCUACCAAAGGUGCCCUGGAUGAGGCCACCGUGCGGACAGUCGUAGAUGCGCUGACCCCUGUGAUCAACAACAAUGAUGCUCAGCUGCUUGGCCCCGGCCUUCUUGCCCUGGCUCGUCUUACCCAGGACAUGCCGAGCAUCGUUCUGAACCCGCAGCUCAUCGACGCUCUCUGCAGGUUGCUCCAGACCACUGUCGUUGGCACGGUUCUCGAUUCUCUGUUGGUUCUGGUCACCCAGGCGGGGCAAACUGGGCACGGAAAACCUCUGAUGGGGGCGUUCCUCAAGGAUGUCGGUGUCGGAGGCGACCCCUCGAUUGUCGGAAAGGUGAUUGGAACACUUCUGGUGGCCAGCGGUGAUUCCGCCGGAGUCACUCUUGACAGCUUUGUCCAGGAAAUCGAAAACAACUCGUCAGACCUGACUCGAAGAAGCCUUGCGCUAGCUGUCAUUGGCGAAGCUGGGUUGCGCCUCGGCAACAGAUUCCCAAUUCCACCGACAUUAUUCCUGCAGCAGUUCAGCAACGAGUACGACAAGGUGACACUCGCCGCGGCUGCCGCCCUUGGGCGGGCUGGAGCGGGUAAUGUCUCUGUUUACCUGCCAGUAAUCUUACAGUCAAUGCAGCAAAAGGGUGGCAGGCAAUACAUGCUUCUACAGUCGAUCAAGGAAAUUCUCCAGCAAGUUGCCGUCUCUUCAACCAACAUCGGCGAGUUCUCUAUGUCGAUCUGGGAGCAGAUACUGGCGGCCAGCGAGACCGAGGACAACAAGGCGGUUUGUGCUGAAUGCGUUGGGCGAAUGGUUAUUAUCGACCCAAAGACGUACAUGCCCAAGUUGGAGUCCUUAUUCAAGAACACCUCGGUUGCUCUAAGAGCCAUCGCAGUCCAGGCUCUCCGGUAUACCUUGCCAGACGACAACGAUGCGUUCGAUGCAUAUCUCAGGAACUCUCUUGUUGAUCUCCUCAAGAUCGCGCUCGGCGAUAACGAGAUGGAGAUUCGGCGCCACGCCAUGUCCACGCUCACAUCAGCAGCGCACAACAAGCCCGAACUGGUUUUGGCGCACCUCAACCACUUGAUGCCGUUUGUGAUGAACGAGACAGUAAUCAAGCCAGAGCUCAUCCGCGAGGUGCAGAUGGGCCCAUUCAAACAUAUCAUUGACGACGGCCUGGAAGUGCGAAAGGCGGCGUACGAGACUCUCUAUGCGCUGAUGGAGACAGCCUUCUCCCGUGUGAGUAUUAUUGAUCUCUAUGACCGUAUUGUUGCCGGCCUCUCCGACGACAAUGACAUCCGCGCCCUCUGCAACUUGAUGGUCUCAAAGUUGGUCUACCUCGACCCUGAUGAGACUGUCCGGCGACUCGAUUCGAUCGCCGAGGGCUUCCGGAAAACCUUGUCUCAUAAGCUCAAGGGCAACGCCGUCAAGCAAGAGAUUGAGAAGCAAGAGGAGGCCAACAAGUCAGUGCUACGCCUCACGCUCCUGCUUGGGGACAAGCUUAACAAGAGUGCCCUCAACACGACCGGGGCUCAAGCUGCUGCUGGUGCCGCCGCCGGGUCGAACCAAGUCUGGACCAGCUAUUGGGAGUGGGUCAAUAGGGACUUCGCAACCCAGCUCAGGAGCAUCAGAGAUGAGAGCAAGGCUGUCGAUCCGGCAGAUGAUGCCUCCGCUCCAUAGGGAGUACCUUGCUGGUGCUGCACGAUCCAAAGUUUGCACGAGACUGGUUCAGACCCGGCAAAUCGUUGCCUAGCACAGGCUGAUCGAGGGCUUGAACGGGACAGUUUGAUGACUGGUCAGGGGUUAAGUUCCGAGCUCGUGUUGCGGUAGGUUACUGCCGGACCUUCUUCGCUC